AUGGCCAGCCAAGCGCAAGUCAACCCUAAGAGACAGCAGGCAGAGCUGCAGCUCCAGUACACAAAUUACAAAAACACCCUACAACAACUGGCUCAGAAGAUCGGUGACAUCGAGCAGGAGGCUGAGGAGCAUAAGCUUGUUAUCGAGACCCUCGAUCCCCUCCCCAGUGACCGGAAAUGCUUUCGGAUGGUGAACGGUGUCCUGGUUGAGCGGACAGUCGAGGAUGUCCUCCCGUCCCUCAAGACCAACUCGGAUGGGUUGAAGCAGGUUUUGGAGGAGCUCCUGAAGCAGUACAAGACCAAGCAGGCGGACCUGGAUAACUGGAAGAAGAAGAACAACAUCCAGGUUGUACAGCCUUAA